UGAAUUGUGUCUGCGCCUGCGCGAACUCUCAUGGCUCGGCCGCGCGUGCGGCUGGUGGUCACGGCCGACGACUUUGGCUACUGCCCGCGGCGCGACGAGGGCAUCGUGGAAGCCUUCCUGGCGGGCGCGGUGACCAGCGUGUCCCUCCUGGUGAACGGCGCGGCCGCGGAGAGCGCGGCGGAGCUGGCGCGCAGGCACCGCAUCCCCACCGGCCUGCACGCCAACCUGUCCGAGGGACGUCCCGUGGGUCCCGCCCGCUACGGCCCCUCAUCUCUGCUCAGCCCUGACGGCUUCUUCCGCGGCAAGAUGGGAUUUCGGGAGGCGGUGGCGGCUGGAGACGUGGCCUUGUCCCAGGUCCGCGAGGAGCUGGAGGCCCAGCUGCGCCGCUUCCGGGAGUUAGUGGGCAGGGACCCCACCCACGUGGACGGGCACCAGCACGUGCACGUGCUCCCAGGCGUGUGCCAGGUGUUCGCAGAGGCGCUGCAGGCCGAUGGGGUGCGCUUCACUAGGCUGCCGCUGGAGCGCGGGGUGGGCGGCUGUGCCUGGCUCGAGGCCCCCGCCCGUGCCUUCGCCUGCGCGGUGGAGCGCGACGCCCAGGCCGCGGUGGGGCCCUUCUCCAGCCACGGACUCCGGUGGACCGACGCCUUCGUGGGCCUGAGCACCUGCGGCCGCCACAUGUCUGUUCACCGGGUGUCUGGAGCCCUGGCGCGGGCUAUGGAAGGGAUCCCCGAGGGCCACGACCUGACUGCCGAGCUCAUGGCACACCCGGGCUACCCCAGUGUGCCCCCUGCGGGGGGCUGCGGGGAGGGUCCUGACGCCUUUUCCUGUUCCUGGGAGCGGCUGCACGAGCUGCGUGUCCUCACUGCACCCACACUGCGCGCGCGCUUUGCCCAGGAUGGUGUGCAGCUCUGUGCGCGAGAUGACCUGCACUCCAAGACACCUGGCGAGGUGGUCCCCAGCCAGGCCACUGUACAGGCCUUUCUGGAACCCCCCCUGCCGUGAUUCAGACAGCCAAGCAAGAGUUAGUGUUUCAGAAGGGUCAGCGAUGAGCCCGGAACCUGGCCCUGAGUAAGGAUCACCACCUCGAUGCUCAGGUAGUGACAGUGAUGCAGGUGGGCUGAUGGUGUCUGGGUCCAGGGUUUGGUGCCCUUGGUAUUGUCAUGUAAGCAUCUUGUGUAAGCACAUUGGGGAGUGAUUGCUGUAUUAAUAAAGUAACAUGUUUUUU